AUCGUAGAAAGCGGUAGAAUUCCUUUAUGACGCAGGCCCGCACUGUUGUGCUAUCAGUGAAGGUCAACACACAGUGUGACUGGGUAGUCGGGACCACGCCGGGAACGGAGGAAGGACUACGCCGGGACGAGCACGGCGAUAAGGAGGAGCACGCCGGGUUGGAGAGCGGAACACGACGGAGCGGAGGACGAAUUUACGUAGCUCAAGACACCACAUUUGAGCUGCUCCUGGAUGACGAUACCGGUCAGACAUCAAGUGGUGUUGUUUCAUUACCCGGAAUCCUUCUCGUCUGAAACAUCAUGCGGUUUAUGUUGGUGUUGGUUGCGGUCGUAUGUCUGACAGCACCUUGUCUUUGCGCUCAAUCCAAGACACCAUCUAGACCUCCUUCGCCCCCGUCCCCGUCCCCGUCUCCUAGUCCGUCUCCGUCUCCGUCUCCGCCCCCGACUCCGUCCCCGUCUCCAUCCAACAAGCAGCCGAAGGCUUCACCACCGCCCAAGUCUUCGACACCCUCACCACGAAGCUCAGACCCACCAAAGCACCCUGAUGUACCACCAAGCACAAAGGCUCCACCGAGGCGUAGUGACCCGGAGCCCAAGCCAAAGGCAGAGGCGAAUUCACAGCCCAAGCUGGCUUCGAAACCAAAGCCAGAAACGAAGCCGGAGCCGAAGUCGAAGCCUCCGUCGCAGCCGACGCCAAAAGCACAACCGCAGAAAUCGUCUGAGCCAGAGCCGAAGCCAAAGCCAGACCCAAAGAAAGCGUCGGAGCCAGUGCCGAAGCAGGCACCAAAGUCGAAGCCGGAGUCCUCCAGGCCAGCCGCACCGAAGUGGCCCAAUUUCCUGGUGUUGCUAGUCGAUGAUCUAGGUUUCGGCGAUAUUGGUCCUUUCGGUAACCGUACCGUGCCGACGCCGAGCCUGGACACGCUGGCCGCCCAGGGUGCCGUGCUGCGCCAGAGUCUGGCGGCCGCAGCCGUGUGCACGCCGAGCAGGGCGGCCCUGCUCACCGGCCGACUGCCGAUCCGGUACGGCCUGGCGCCCGAGAACGAGGAGUGGGACGUCUCGCUGUUCGCCGCAUCCAAGGUCGGUUUGCCGUCGAACGAGACCACGCUGGCGAAGCUGCUGGGUCAGCACGGCUACCGCCGCUCUCUGGUCGGCAAGUGGCACCUGGGCAUCAACUGCGACCGCUACGGCGACAACUGCCACCACCCGCUGACGCACGGCUUCGAGACGUUCUACGGCAUCCCCAUGACGAACCUGAGGGACUUUGGGGACGACGGGGAGUACCUGUAUGCUACCGCCUACCCGGAGACUUUCCCCACCUGCUACGCUCUUCAGAUAGGUGGUGUGAUCGCUGCACUCUUCUUCAGACGUCGCUCGAAGCUGCUUCUUUUGCUAGGCCUCCUCACUGCUUUCGUUGGACUCUUCGGUGCCGUCUUCUUCGCCAACUGGAAGAUCCUCAGCUCUCUGAUAAUGCGCGACUAUGAGGUCGUCGAGCAGCCGAUGCGACUCCAGGGUCUGACACAGCGGUUCGUGGCGGAGACGGAGGAGCGACUGCGCUUCUACAAGACUGACGGACGGCCCUUCUUCCACAUGCACUCGUUCAGCAAGAUGCACACGUCACUAUCAGUGACGGACGAGUUUGCGGGCAAGUCUCGACACGGGCUGUUUGGCGACAGCAUCAUGGAGAUGGAUUGGGCCGUCGGGAGGAUCCUGGACAUCCUCAAAGAGCUGCAGCUGGAUGACAACACGUUCGUCUACUUCACAUCUGAUAAUGGUGGACAUGUGGAAGAGCGAGGUAUCCGUGGGGAUGUUCAGGGAGGCUACAACGGCGUGCUCAAGGGCGGCAAGGGUAUGGGCGGCAUGGAGGGCGGCAUUCGCAUGCCGACGCUGGUCCGCUACCCUCCGCUGAUCAAGCCAGGGACGGUGGUCGAGCAGACAGUCUCCCAGAUGGAUCUGUUACCCACGGCGAUGGCUAUGCUUGGAGUAGACGCUGCCGCCGCGCUGCCCGACCGCAUCAUUGACGGAAAGAACAUGCUACCGCUGCUCACGGGCGCUUCGCCGCACUCUCCACACCGCUUUCUCUUCCACUACUGCAAGGCGACGGUGCACUCUGCUCGCUGGGUGGAGGAUGACGCGCACACGUGGAAGGUUCACUUUUACUGGCCGCCCUGGCUGCCGGGACAGCAUCGCUGUGAGUACAUCUGCCAGUGCCACCAGUCGUACCGGAUGGCUCAGCCGGCCGUCUACAACAUCCAGCAGGACAUCAGCGAAGAUCGACCCCUGGAGCCCGGCUCCCCGCAGUACCUCAGGGUCGUCCGGACGGUCACCCGCGCUCUGGAAGAGCACCGCACCGGUGUGGACCAGGUGCCGAACAUGAUGACCUGGCCGAUGCACCGCUGGCGACCCACACUGCAAGCCUGCUGUGAGCCGCCCUUCUGUCGCUGUACCGACCCCAAGUACCCCUGAGGUCGCCACAGGGACGACAGGAGAGUGAGACGGUAGGCAGCAUUCGUGAGAGAGGGUAUUCGGAAUUUUGCGGGUGUUAUAGCCAAUUACUAGUUUGAUAGAAAAACGAUAGCUAAUAUAAAGGCAUUCGUACCUUAUUGUUUUAAAAUAAGCAGUUUUCAUAACUGGGGCUGUCGGAUUCUGGUUUGAUAAUUGCCGUACGUACUAAGUAAGACGAAAAGUCGACAACAGAUUUUAGAGAAUUGCAUAAUAAUUAGAACCACUUGGUUGACCAAUGCAACUUUAUCCUGCUAUUCAUGCAUAUGCUAAAAUGUGAUACUUUGUUAAGUGUGCAUUUUUCGUUCGUGAAAUAAAUCAAUACUCGUGAGCGUAUUCAUGCAUGAAUAAUGCAUACAGUAAUGCACCCUUGCAUCAUUGCAUACGCUUAUAUCAAUUCAGUCCCUCCGAGAUUUCAAUCAGUAAAGUCUAAAUAAUUUAGCUGCGGAUCAUUGACAUUCCCACUGAGUGCACGUCUGAAUGUUGUGAGCGUAUCCAUUGUGCGGCUGUUUGCAAGGUCUGUGUGCAUUGUAUCCUGUUUUGUAUGCGCUAUUGUGUAUGAAAAUAGACGACAUUCUGCCAACAA